AUGGCAGAAACAUUUGGCGCCGUGGCCAGCGCACUAAGCAUAGUGGCUUUGUUUAACAAUUGUGUCGAGGCUUUUGAGUAUAUUCAACUGGGCCGCCAUUUCGGCCGCGACUUUACGCGAUGUCAGCUGAAACUCGACGUCGCCCGAACGCGUCUCAGCAGAUGGGGCCAGGCCGCUGCCAUAUACAACGACCACCGGUUCGCCGCCAUCACGCCGCCCGACAGACUUUCACAACAUAUCCGUGCCAUCUUGGAAGAGAUCGACGAGCUUUUCCAAGUAGUGCAGAAGUCCUCGAAGCGGUACGAAAUUGAUGCGACGCAAGAAAAUUUGGAGUGCUGUACUGUGACGACUAUGGAUCCGCCCGCUCGCAUCGUACACGAUCGAUUAGUCACAAUAGCUACGCAAAGACAGAAACAUACGGGGCUGUUGAAGAAGGUCUCAUGGGCCCUUUACGGAGCGAAGAAUUUCGAUAAACUGAUCGAGCAAAUCACGGGAUUCAUAGACGACCUGGAGAAAGUAUCUUCCCCGGAGACAGGUCGAUAUCGUCAGUUGGUAGAUCUAGAGAUCGAAGAGAUUGAUGAGCAAAGCCUUGGAAUCUUACACGGCGCCACGGCCGGUGUUGAUCAAGCCUUGUCCGAAGCUGUCCACGAAAAACUCGAGGUACUGGUUACCAGAAACCGUAUUGAGAAUAUCCGAAUGGAGCACAGCGCCCGCGUGCGUGUGGGAAAUGAAUGGAGUAGCGAUGCGUUGCCUUAUUAUCGUACGGAUGCCACUGGUGAGGCUUUGAAUCAGGUGGGCUCAGUUGCCGCCAGCGGAAAGUCCCGAAUCCAUGUGGGGCAAAAAUAUGGCGGGCAGGGCAUUUUUGAUGAUUAA